AUGGAGGAUGCGCCACCACGUCCUCCUUUGAACAGUUUGGCCAGCGCAGACGCUGGUAUACCUGAAGACGACAACGUGGUUGAAAAUAUCGUCUUGGAUCCGUCGCCUGAUGCACAUCAGGCCUCGCCACGUUCCCUUGGUGCGGUAGCUGGGUCUCUUUCUGAGGAAGAGGAGACAGAUGAUGAUUCAUCGAACUUCAUCGCCGACAUAGAGUACAAUGAACUGGGCUCAUUCAGCAUUGAGCGCGUAUUUGUCUGCCAGGGUGGCGUCAACACCGUCCGUCUGCUCCAGCUCACAAGAAAAUCUCUCUUGGAAGAAGGACAGAUGGUUGGUGCAAACGCUUUGGUCAACGAGAUGUGGUCCUGUGAGGUAUUUCAACGCUCCAGAGAGGUGUACGAAGUUCGUAUUCGUUAUGGUGCUUCCAUAGCCAAAGCCUACAGAAACCCACCCUCAGAGCCAGUCGCCGUCAAGGAAGCCAAAGGAAUCCCCGGGUUGAUGACCAUUCUGGAGGCGUCAAAUGCCUAA